UGAUGUUCCAGUACAGGAUAUGGUCCUGUACUACCCUUAGGCCCUGUCAGAUUGAGUCCCUCAGUGACCUGGGGGCUCCCCUUCAAGGUCUCCCCCCUGUUGGUUUUAUAAAGGUCUUCUGCUGCAAGCAUCUCUCUUCCAUCUAAGUCUUUGCUGAGGCAGCAGCAACCAGAGAGCUCAGUGCAAGUGAUCAGCAUCUGGAAGGCCACAAAAGCAACCCUUAUUCCAUACACAUCACAGUGAUCAUCCCUCUCUGCUUCCAGCUUGUGUGGUAUAAAGAAGGCUCUAAUACUACUCUAUGCAAAAAAAUCGAGCCUAGAUAGAGAAGACAUAGGCUGGACUUGCUUGGGCUCUUGCUGUGAGGUGCCCAUGAGGACAAUGAGAACAGUAGUUCAGGCAAGCUGAAGACAGUUCUGUGUGAAAAGCUCCUAAACGCCACAUGGAGCACUAAUCACCUUGAUGCAAACUAGAUCUGCUUCAGGGCUGAAUUUGACGGAUGUUUGCUAUGAGGAGGCUGGGAGAGGCGAGUGGAAACAUUCCUCUCCAUGCUGUCUAAGCAUGAGUUGGGCGUGACACUCAAGGAGCAUGUCUCAACUGGAGACUAGAAGGACCGUCCAAAACCAUGGGAGGACUCAUGGGAAACAGACCAAGACAGAGAUACUGGAGAACAAGCAAAUGAAAUGAGACUCGGAAAGAAAGGCAGCAAAACAAACAGCUUCCUUAUUAAAUUAUUCAUGUACUAAAAUGACAGAGAAUCCACCAAAGAAAAACUUGUUGAGAUUGAGGGUACCCUAACUCCAGGUAGAGCCAUUCCAAAAUGAACAACUGUGUCAACAGUUAUGGGAAUGAUACCAUCCUGAGUUCCCAGGCUUCCCGCAUGUCUGGUGCUAUAUUUCUGGGCCUGGCAGCAUCCUUGGGCUUACCUGGGAAUGCCUUCAUUAUAUGGAGCAUCUUAUGGAAAUUGAAAGGCAGAGAAAAAUCUGUAACCUGCAUACUUAUCCUUAACUUGGCAAUAGCUGAUGGAACAGUUCUUCUACUGACUCCUUUUUUCAUAGCAUUCUUGGCUCAAAAGACCUGGAUAUUUGGCAGAGGUGUAUGUAAAGUGGCCUACUACCUUUGCUGCCUUAACAUGUUUGCAAGUAUUUUUAUUAUUGCUUUAAUGAGCAUGGACCGGUUCCUAGCUGUCUUCAGGCCUCAUAUGGCCCAGUCACUCCGUAAAAGGGAAAUGGUAAUAAAGGUUCUCUUAGCCAUAUGGCUGCUAGCAGGGGCCUUGGCUCUUCCAGCAUUUGCUUUCAGAGAGGUGAUUGAAAAUCAUCAGAUGAAUGCAACUAUUUGUGAGCCUUGCCACACAAACCGGGGAGAGGCUAUUUUUCACUACACUUUUGAGACAUUGGUGGCUUUUUUGCUGCCCUUUCCUUUGGUAUGUUUUAGUUAUAUGUUGGUGUUAACAAAGCUGAAAUCAAGCCGGAUUGGACAAAGAUCACGAAUUGAGAAACUGAUCGCUGCAAUAUUGGUAACCUUUGCAAUCCUCUGGCUUCCUUACCAUAUUGUCAAUGCAAUUCAGGUGACUGCCAAUCUGACAUCAGGAAGCAUAUCUGAUAAACUGGCAAUAUUUGCUAAAAAGAGCAGAGCUGGCGCUACUGCUUUAGCCUUUUUUAGUGCCUGUGUUAACCCUCUGUUGUAUGCCUUUGCAGCAUCGGAUCUAUUCAGAAUAUUUGGCGUAGGUUUUGUAGCAAAGCUUCUAGAAGGGACAGUGGCAGAAAUCCAAAAAAGGGUCAGAUCCCAACGUGACCUUGUAAAAGGUCUUGUAAGAGUUGGAAGUCGGGGAGAAUCAGUAGACCUUGAAGUGAGAAAUGGAAUAAAAUUAGAACCUUUAAAUUGUAAAAUGUAGCCCUAGACAAGCAUAUUGGACAAGCAGGAUAUAUAUAUAUAUAUAUAUAUAUAUAUAUAUAUAUAUAUAUAUAUAGCUGCUUCUGUUGGAUUUAUUUAGAAUCUGACUCAUAUAUGCCUUUAUAUGAAAUCAGGGGGAAAAGAGGUACAGUAAGGCCCCACAAACCUCUAUGGAAGCUCUAUUUCAGCCCUAUACAAAAUGAAUCUAUAAUAUGACCAUGUGUAUAAAGGGAAAUUCUGUUCAAAACUCAUUAAUGACUUAUUCCACUGAAGCGAAUUAGAGCUGAGCUGCAUUAACCCAGCAUGUCCACUACAUAAUCUAUAGCCAUCUGCUUCCAGCUAUUUCCCACUGUGUAUGCUGGUGUUACUGCUCUAGAAAGCAGCUGAUCAGGUAUUAAUACCCCACUGAUCAGAUAUUGAUGAUUUAUUUGAAUCUAAACUUUUUGGGAAUUGCUGAGUGGCCAGGCAUAUGCUGUAUGCCUAGCCACUUGGCCCCUUAUUGGUGGUGUAAAAACACAUACCCGUUUCCUGCUCAUGUCUGUGACCACUUAAAGUACGCGGAAGGAAACCUCAGUCAGGGACUGGGGCAGGGGGUAAAUUCUAUUGCUACUAAGCUUCUUACGCUUGCUGGGCCAAGAAAGUAUUCACUCCUCAGGGGCAUAGCAUCCCCUAUGCUUAGUAUGUAGUCUCUAUGGCACUCUAGUGUAGGUGCCAUAUAAUCUACUAAGAGAACCAGGGAUUCAUGUUGCUUUGUUUGGAGUUCCUGCUCCUGUACAGUAAGCAGCAAUGCUUUAAUAAUUGUGACUUACAGUAGGGCCCCAAAGAGGUAAGAGGGGGUAAUGUGUAGGGCCAAAUCCAAAUCAGUGUUCUGAUUCUAGCCAAAGCUUCUUGGGAGGUUUGCUCAUCUUUAGGUCAGGUCAUGAACAAUAAUGCCCAGAAAACCCCUUUAAUAUGUAUGUACACCUUGUAAAUAUACCCCAUAAAUUAUUUUUCUACAGCAGAUAUUUUAUAUCAUUAGCAUAAUAAUUUCAGUGUAUUAUGUUUUAAUAGUUAAGGUAACAAUUGCACUCACAGUGACACAAUAAUUGUUUCUAAAAUGGCAUAUUCAAACUACGUAUAGGUAUGUACCAUGUGGUCUUUGACAGUUAGACCAAGUUUUUGCAUGAAGGACCAAGAUAUCCAAGCUUCUCCUCUGAAUGUAACUUAACAUGAAAUGAA